AUGGAGUAUUCAUUUUCAUCGAGGAAACAUGAGAUUGAAGUUGCUUAUCACAAACGCUUGACUGUCAUUUUAAAAGUAAUUCGAUUUUUGUUGUUACAAGGAUUGCCUUUUGGGGGACAUGAUGAGUCUUUGACAUCAUCCAAUAGAGUUGAGACCACAAAUGCUAUUCUAGCUGAUCUUGGAGAUAGGUGGUUCACUUUACUACUUGAUGAGGCUCGUGAUUGUCCAGUGAAAGAGCAAAUGACAGUUGUAAUUAGAUAUGUGUAUAAACAUGGAGAGGUGAUUGAACGAUUUAUGGUUGUAGUUCAUGUUGCAACAACUACAGCUGCUUGUUUGAAGGAGGCAAUCAACUCUUUAUUUGCUAAGUAUGUGGUUGUAGCUAUUGCUCAAGCAAAUCAAUAUGUUUGUGAUUUCAUGUGGAUUGUUGGUUCGGUUGUGAACACAUCUGCAUCAUCUUGCAAAAGGGCCGAGUUCGACAACUUGAACAUGAUAGAAAGUUUAAACUUCUUGAAAGAGGAGAGAUUAGUUCUGGUUAUCGAUAUUAUUCUACAUAAGAUGGAUAAUCGUUUCUCUGAAAUAACUACAGAUUUGCUGAUUUAUAUGUCAUGCCUUGAUCCUAGGAACUCAUUCUCUAGAUUUGAUGUACAGAAGUUAGUGUGUCUGAUUCAUUUUUAUGAGGAUGAUUUUUCUUGGAAUGAGCGUAUAUUAGUUGAACAAGAGCUUGAAACAUAUACUGAUGAUGUCAGAUCAGAUGAACGGUUUGAAGGCAUUUCAGAUUUGGGAGCUCUUACAAAGAAAAUGAUUGAAACAAUGAAGAACCGUGUGUUUCCUUUGGUUUAUCGGAUGAUUGAGCUAGCCUUACUUCUUCCAGUUGCUACUGCAACCGUUGAAAGGGUUUUUUCGGCAAUGAAUAUUGUCAAAAUAGAUUUGCGAAACAGGAUUGGAGAUGAAUUGAUGAAUGCCAGUUUGGAAAAGAAAAACUCCCAAACAGAGAGUGCUAUUGAACUGACACUUCUAAAAUGUCAACUCUUGAACAGGUAA